UGGUUGGGCAGGAACUCUGUGUACCUUGGAAGACAUUGCUGCAUCUCCUUUGGCACUGUCCUCUAGAGCCUGACAGAAUCCAUGGGUAAAACCGAGCCAUCAAAAGAGCCUGAGGCAUAGCUACAUCACCCACACCUCCGAGAUGGCAAUCCAGUUCCGCUCACUCUUUCCCUUGGCAUUGCCUGGAAUGCUGGCGCUCCUGGGCUGGUGGUGGUUUUUCUCUCGUAAAAAAGAACGGGUCAGCAGCACCGAUCCACAGACAGAGGCUGGUGGUGUAGCACUGAUGGCUGGCCCUGCCAUCAAGGACCCACUCCUUAAGGAAGAGGUCUGUCUCAGAGGGACGUCCAUGGUCUCCAGUGUCGCACAGCUGCCAGAAAAGGAACAGCUCUGUGCAAGCAAGCCUUCUGAGGAGCCCCCAGCCUUGUCGCGCACCCGCACUGUCCCACGAAGAUCAGAGUCCUCAGGCAGCCUCCCUAACGCCUCAGAUGCAAGGUCGCAGCCGGGGCAGGGCAGAGACCACAGCCUGAAGGUAGAAUUUGCCCUGAUUGGAGAUGAAGCCAAACCUAUUACUCUUGAGUGUCCCCUCCAACCACCAAAGGAUGUACUGUUCCCCCACGAAGCAGAAGUGUGUAAGCAAGAGUCCUCACUGGGCAGAGUGCCAGGGAGGGGCUGGCCUGGCCAUUCUGCAGCCCCUGGAGAGAAGGCAAGAGAGACGGGCAGAGCAGAGGGGACUGGAGAUGCAGUGUUGGGCGAGAAUGUGCUUGAAGAAGAUAGGUUGUCCCAGGAUUGUGUCUCAGAAUUGGAGAAAAAUAAGGCCCAGAGCCCGGCCCCCUUGGGAGGGAGGGGAGAGGAGAGGAGCGGCAGCCCACUGCACAUGGUGAAGCCUGCACAGAAGGAAGAGCAGGUCGCUGGGAAGGCACUAAGUAGCUUUGCUGAGUCAGGUCACCCGGAGCUGGCUAAGGAUGCAGAGACAUUAGUACCUCUUGUCAGAGGUAGCAAUGGCUGGGACAGAGAACUGGGCAGAGAGGAGACCUGGGAUAAAAAUAAACAGAUUGAGCAGACUGCUUUCCAGUUAAUCUCUCAGGUGAUCCUGGAAGCCACUGAAGAGGUGCGGGCCACCGCAGUGGACAGGACAGUGGGGCAGGUGCAUUCAGCCUCAGCCAUGCAGCCUCACACACAGGAGGAGAGCUGUGCCUCUGCCAGUCAGAAAACUGUCCUGGGCCAGGACACCACGGAGCCUGCUUCUGCCACUGCAGGGCUAGCCACCGGCCCCCCAGAAGACCUGCCACCAAAGACCUAUGUGAGCUGCCUGAGCAGUCCCCUGUCCAGCCCCAGCAAGGAUGAGAAGCCAAAGAACUCUGCCCACCACAUCUCCCUGGCCCCCUGCCCACCACCAGCCAGCCCCGUGGAAGGGUCUUUGGAUGGGGCAAGCACCGUGGAGGGAGACACCAGCACCUCUGUCAGCUGCAUGUCAGAUCACAGCCAGAGUGUCCCUUCCAUGGCCUCCUUGGAGCAGUGCUCAGAUUCUGUCAGCACCUCAGGUCUUGAAGACUCUUGCACAGAGACCAGCUCAAGCCCGAGAGAGAAGGCCAUCAGCCCACCACUGCCAGAUAGUACCGAGCCCUUCAGCAACGGGGUGCUGAAGGGGGAGUUGUCAGACUUGGGGGCUGAGGAUGGAUGGACCAUGGAUACGGAUGCAGACCACUCAGGAGGUUCUGACGGAAACAGCAUGGACUCGGUGGAUGGCUGUUGCGGACUUAGGAAGCCUGACAGUCUCCAGAACGUCCAGGCAGGAUCUAACCCUAAGAAGGUUGACCUCAUCAUCUGGGAGAUUGAGGUGCCAAAGCACUUAGUUGGUCGACUGAUUGGCAAGCAGGGCCGGUAUGUGAGUUUCCUGAAGCAGACAUCCGGGGCCAAGAUCUACAUCUCCACCCUGCCUUACACCCAGAACAUCCAGAUCUGCCACAUAGAAGGCUCUCAGCAUCAUGUGGACAAAGCUCUGAACUUGAUUGGGAAGAAGUUUAAGGAACUGAACCUCACCAACAUCUAUGCACCGCCGUUGCCUUCCCUGGCGCUGCCUUCUCUGCCAAUGACGUCCUGGCUCAUGCUGCCGGACGGCGUCACGGUGGAGGUGAUUGUGGUCAGCCAGGUCGACGCCGGGCACCUGUUUGUGCAGCAGCACACACACCCCACCUUCCACGCGCUGCGCAGCCUGGACCAGCAGAUGUACCUUUGCUACUCCCAGCCUGGAACCCCCACCUUGCCCACCCCAGUGGAAAUAACGGUCAUCUGUGCUGCCCCUGGUGCAGAUGGGGCCUGGUGGCGAGCCCAAGUAGUGGCCUCUUAUGAGGAGACCAAUGAGGUGGAGAUUCGCUAUGUGGACUAUGGUGGAUAUAAGAGGGUGAAGGUCGACGUGCUCCGGCAGAUUAGGUCUGACUUUGUGACCCUGCCAUUCCAAGGAGCAGAAGUCCUUCUGGACAGCGUGAUGCCCCUGUCAGACGACGACCACUUUUCACCCGAAGCAGACGCAGCCAUGAGGGAGAUGACAGGAAACACAGCGCUGCUGGCCCAGGUGACAAGUUACAGUCCAACUGGUCUUCCUUUGAUCCAGCUGUGGAGUGUGGUUGGAGAUGAAGUGGUGUUGAUAAACCGGUCACUGGUGGAGCGCGGCCUUGCACAGUGGGUGGACAGCUGCUAUGCCAGCCUUUGACCUCGGCUCUCAGAGCUGCUGCGUGAGCCUUUUUUGCACUGUUGAAAUUGGGCUUGGCAUCCAAGACAGAGACGAACAGCAGAGUAACACAUUUUGUCUUCUCGAGUCUUCUUUCCCCCCUCUGUUGUCCUGUUGAGAAGACGUUUCCUCCGAGGAGCUGUGGGUUCUUUUCACAGCCAUAGGAUGGUAUCUCACAAACCAACUGGCUUAACCCCAUUCUAAGCUGUUUAAAAGAGAACUGAAGGAAAAUACCUCAGUCAGGCUGUCCUGCUUCCCUCUGUCCAGCUCCCCUCUUCCUACCCUCUCUCACUACCCCCGCAGGCUGUAGCAGGCAGGCCCAGCAGGGUGUGGGGCUGGCUUUGAUAGUUUUUUGUGUUUUUUUUUUAAACUUCAGUCUUUCUUCAGGGAGCCAGACUUGAACCACUCAUUGCUAGUGAAUCAAUGGCACUUAGCCACUUGAAGCUCUCUGGGAACCCCGACUUUUUUUUUUUUUAAUCACAGAUGUAAAUGUGGAUCAAUUGUCACACCUGGCUCCAGACUGUGGGGAAGAGAACUGCUACCUUGCCAAGCCUGAUUGUACUUUGUAACCAUUUUCUACUUGUGCAAACUCUGUAAAUAUAUGUUUAAAAAUGUAAUAUUUUGUACGAGACACACUGGAGAACAAAGGGAACUCAAGGUUUUUCCACACAUUCAUGUGUAAGUCCAAGUUCAUCCCAUAGAGCAGGAUGGCCGUUCCUGGCUGUUCCUCCAGGAGCUCCUGCCGCUUCCUGCGCAUCAGAUAGGGGGGCUGUAUGGGAGGGACUGUCUUUGGGGGAUUUUUUUUUUUUUUUUGCUAUACACAUUUAUUUAAAAAAAUGAAUUUCCUUGCAGUGGUGUGUUUGAUUCUUUUAUAGACUGGCUUCAGCAUUGUGCAAUUUAAGAAUAAGUAACUUAAGUAACUUGAACUUAUAUAAAUCUUGAAUUGUAUAAACUAUA